AUGGUCCUCUCCUUCAUCCUAAUCCAAAACAGACAAGGCAAAACCCGCCUAGCAAAAUGGUACGCGCCGUACAACGACGAGGAGAAGAUCAAGCUCAAGGGCGAGGUGCACCGGCUGGUCGCGCCGCGGGACCAGAAGUACCAGUCCAACUUCGUCGAGUUCCGGACGCACAAGAUCGUGUACCGGCGCUACGCGGGCCUCUUCUUCUGCGUCUGCGUCGACGCCAACGAUAACGAGCUGGCCUACCUCGAGGCCGUGCACUUCUUCGUCGAGGUGCUGGAUAGCUUCUUUGGGAAUGUGUGUGAGCUGGAUUUGGUGUUUAAUUUUUAUAAGGUCUACGCCAUCCUCGACGAGGUGUUCCUCGCAGGCGAAGUCGAGGAGACGAGUAAACAGGUGGUCCUCACCCGGCUGGAACAUCUCGAUAAGCUGGAGUGA